GCAUGGAGUAAAGGUGAUCGUGAGUUGAGCGAUGUAAAAAAAUUAUCCAGAAUAGUUUUAGAAAAACUGCGUGGUAACUAACAGAUAUUGAAAAGUGCAAAGAGUGCAACAAAAUGGGUAAUGUACAAACACGACAAUUCGAUGCCAAGGGCAUGGCUUAUCGCCGUGGAAGUAUAUCCUGGAAUUUCCGGUACCCGAUGACAAAACGACGCGAUCAAACCACAAUGAUGGUGUUCAAUGUGAACAUGAGUAUAACUGCUUGGUUAGAUUUGCUCGAUCUGCAGCAAUAUGAAGGCAACUUUCAAAUGUAUAAUACAGUCGAAGAUAUUCUGGAUUUGACCGAAACUGAUUUGAAAGACAAAGGCAUACGACAACCGGGCCAUCUCGCAAAAAUGAUGUCUAGUCUAGUGGUUGUGCAGGCCAAGCGGCGCCAGUCGGUAAAUAUCGAAGUGUCCACUUUGCCGCGCACGAUGGCCAAACGAAAAAAUUCUUGCCCACCAGUUUAUUUAUCCAGCGAUGUUAGUGAAUUAUAUGGCACGUUGCAUCGCACUAGCAAUAAUCGUAGCUCAUUUGCAAAUUUGAAAUCCACUAAAGAAUCGAAACGAUUGACUUUCGGUAAUACUAAUAUGAUAUAUGAGGAACUAGAUCCCCCAAAAACUGAUUCGCCACCGCCAAACACACCAGCACCGCCGAACAAAAACUCUGCUACGAAUUUUACUUUCAGCAGCUGUGCACCGGAGAACAACAACACAGCCAAUACAAUGGAUAAGGGUGGAGGCAGCAUCAGCAAUCUGAGCACUAGUAUGGGUGGCUCUACAGCAUCCAUUUCUGGUCAACUGCAUUUUCAACCGCACCAGCCACCACCCAACAGCAUGGCCGUCAGCACACCAUCCAGCGAACAACACGAGGCGAUAGCCUUAAAGAAGGCGUUGGAGUGGGAACUUAGCUUGGAUGCAAAGGAUUUACGUUCGCACGCGUGGUAUCACGGUCCGUUGUCACGACAACGCGCCGAGGAGAUUGUGCAGAAGGAAGGGGAAUUUUUGAUAAGAGAUUGCGGCUCGCAGCCAGAUAAUUAUGUGCUCAGCUGUCGCACCAAAACACAAGUGCUGCAUUUCGUUAUAAAUAAGAUUCUGAUACAACCCGAUACUGUGUAUGAACGCGUGCAGUACCAAUUUGAGGAAGACGCCUUUGAUGCGGUACCUGAUCUUAUCACCUUCUAUGUAGGCUCAGGCAAACCUAUUUCGGUAGCUUCGGGAGCGCGAAUUCAGUACCCAUGCAAUCGUACAUAUCCACUAUCAUUCUAUGGCCAUAAGAUUGUUGGCAAUCACUUGCACACUCAAAUGCUGGCCGGUAUACGUGUUGCUAGUCCACUCAAUUCUCCAAUAAGCCAUAGUGGGAAUUUUCGAUUUGGCUCAGGAAUAAUAACACAAUAUACCCAACAACAGCCAGUGCACAGCCCGAUGUCGUCGCCGCCGCGCAUCAAACGCGACUUACCUCCACGCUUGCCAUCAAAGAAACAGCGCUCGCAGUCGUUAACCCCAGCACACGCCGUGCUCACUGGCACUUUGCUUCAAUCGCACAAUAGUGAGUCGUGCUCUAGCGCCGAUGGUGUGAUACAAGCCAAGCAAGCACCAGCCGGAGAAAGCAACAAUACGAAUGGACAUCGUGAUCUUGGGCGCAGAUUCAGCGAUUUUGAGAAAGAGAUACGGUCCCACGAAAUGUCGCUGGGAGGUGCUGAAAACCUGCAAUUGCACAGUCCCUUGGAACAUUUGGCUCAGGCUGGUAAAUUGCAUGGUAAUGGGUUUCAAACAAUCGCGCGUUGUUCAGCUGUCACCGAAGCAUUGGAUCACUUCAAGUUUACCACGCAUUCGUUGCCACGGCCUAAUACGAAUAAUUUUCGUGGCAGUACCGCCAUGCGCAUCUCUAGUUUAGCGCGCGAUUUCGGCUCAGACGCAGCAGCUUUGGGCACCAGUUUGGAGGGGAAGCAAAUACCAGAGUUGCCAGAGAGACCACCGAGUCCGCCGCCGAAGCCCGUGCGCACAAAUAGUCAAACGCGUAAAGAGAAGGAGCAGUCAGCUGCACAUCGUGGAGGCAUAGUUGCAGUUGGUUACCAUGCCAGCGGUUCUGAUUCGGGCAAUGGCUCCGGUGACUCCGCGCAGAGCUCAAUACCUGGAGAUUUGAAUAAUGAAUUUACUCAGCACCGCGGAGUGAUAAUCAAAAAUCCACGCUUCCUAACCAAUUCGGCAUCAUCGGCUACUUUGAAGAGUCUGACGGAGUUUGAUGCGAUUGCUGCAGAAGAACAGCUUUUCACACUGGACAUACUCGAAUUUAAACCGGUUUCAAAGUUUGACUUCGAGAACUACAUCACACUGCUGUUGCCGUCGGUGGAUAACAAGCCCUUGGAUGGUGAUGCGCUCACCACCUUCAAGAUGAUGCUACUUGAGUCAGGACCAAAAGUAAUUGCAGAGCAUAUCACACGUAUCGACAUCGGUCUGCUAAUUGAGGAACUGCCAGAGGACGAAGAUCGCAAUGUCUUGGAUUGUUGCGGCUUAGAAAUGAUCGCACUGCCAUUUGGUAAAGUCUUCCGCGCUGAUUUGAUCGAGCGCACACAGUGCAUGAAACUUAUGGUCGCAGUAACAAUACUCACUUGCCAAACGGACUUGGAUCGCGCCGAGUUGCUCAGCAAAUGGAUACAAAUAGCGGUGGAAACCAAAACGGCAUUGGGAAAUCUUUUUGGCUUCUGUGCCAUUAUGCUGGGGCUAUGUAUGCCACAGAUUCAAAAACUGGAACAAGCUUGGCACAUACUUCGUCAAAAGUACACAGAUAGCGCCUUUACCUUUGAAGCAUCACUGCGUCCUACACUAAUCAGCAUGAAUGAGUGUUCGAAUCCCCAAGCGCCAAAUACAACAGUGCCACAUGUUUUGCUGUACGCUUUGCUAAAGGAUCGGCCGAUCAUCGAUAUCAUUGGAAUGAACAAUACGAACUCUGAGAAGCGCUGUUCCCUUUACAGCACUUGCAUUACGGCAUGGGAAGCCAAAGCCGACGAUUUCGGCAUGACUAUUAAUUUUCUGCAUCUAGAUUCGGCGCGUCAUUUCCUCAACAAUCUAACGCUGUAUAGGAAAAAUGCUAAGAUUCUGCUAGAAGAGUCCAGUCCACGGCUGGAUGAGUUACUCAGUGAUGCUUUCAGAACCGAGUUCCAUGUGAAAUUUUUGUGGGGAAGUAAAGGCGCUACCGCUUCGCCAGAAGAUCGUCAUUCCAAAUUAGAGAAAGUGCUGGCACUUAUGGCUGACAAAUUUUGCAGCGCAGAUUGCAAUACAGCUGCUGCAUAAAAAGGGUUCGAUAUUUUGUACAUAUAAAAGCAACUACGUUUAUACUUUCAUAAUGAAUAGAAUGGAUAUUCUCUUACAUACAUAUAUAUAUGCAUGUCCAUAGGUGUGGAUGCAUAAAUUUACAGUGAUUAGACUCAGUAUUUUAUAAGCGAUCCUUCUUUCGCUAGUUGCGAUAAGAAAAUAGGUUUGUUUCACUCCCUGUUUUUUUAUAAACUGGUGGAAUGGAAUUGGAGGCAAGUGUUAGUAAAGCUAAAAGUAUCGCGUUCAGAAUAAAGCUUAGUAUCCAGCUCUUAAGAAAA